ACAGACAAAGGGAUUCUAGUCGUGAGUCAGAGAAUAGACCGAGAACAGAUUUGUGGUGAUAUCACACCGUGUAGCUUCAGCUUCGAAAUUAUUCUAGAACAUCCAAUGGAGCUUCAUCACGUUACUAUAGAAAUCCUGGACAUUAACGAUAAUUCUCCAAUAUUUAAGAAAAAUAAUAUAAAUUUAGAAAUCAGUGAAUCCGCUGUUAUUGAUGCGCGUUUUGCGUUGGCCAGUGCAGAGGACUCUGAUGUAGGAUCUAAUGGCCUACAGGAGUAUGUUUUAAGUUCAAACGAUAAUUUCAUUCUAAAACAACAUCCAAAUGCUGAUGGAAGAAAAUAUGCAGAGAUGGUCCUCCAGCAACCGUUAGAUAGAGAAAAGCAUCCUCGUCUCUCUUUAAAGCUAAGCGCUGUAGACGGUGGAAAUCCGCAGAGAUCUGGCACAGUAAAUAUAGAGAUCACUGUCCUCGAUGCCAAUGACAAUGCGCCCGUGUUUAAACAGUCAGUGUACAUGGCUACUGUGAUGGAAAACGCACCGAAAGCCACAUAUAUUACCACCGUAAAUGCCAGUGAUGCAGACAGCGGGACGAAUAGUUUUAUUGUAUACUCUAUUUCAGACAUGAAUGGUGGUCUUGCUGAUGUGUUGACUAUCAAUGAAACCACAGGCACUAUAUCCGUUUCAGGGUUGAUUGAUUACGAAAAAGAGAAAAAGUUUGAACUGAGAAUAGAAGCAAAGGACCAGGGAGGCUUAACCGAUUCGAGUAAAGUUAUUGUUGAGGUCAUUGACAAAAACGAUAAUGAGCCUGUUAUAAGCGUCAUGUCAUUCACGAGUCCGAUUUCUGAAGACUCUCCUCCCGGUACAACCAUCGGUAUCAUCAACGUUAAAGACAUUGAUUCAGGUGAAAACGGACAUGUGAGCUGUAGCCUAGACCAAAACAUCCCAUUUAAGAUCAAAUCUAAUUUAAGAAAUUACUACACCUUGGUAACCGAUGCUAUUUUAGACCGCGAGAGCGUGUCAGAACAUAACAUAACUGUAGUCUCCACGGACGCAGGGUCGCCUCCUCUCUCAAGUAAGAGAACCUUUCACCUGAAGGUGUCCGACGUCAACGACAACGCCCCAGUGUUUCCACGGCGCGUGUACAACUCUUAUAUCGCAGAGAAUAACUCUCCAGGCGUCUCUAUAUUUACUGUUAGAGCUAAAGACACCGACUCCAAUCAAAAUUCCCGUAUUUACUACAUUCUGGAGGAUACUGACGUCAACGGGGCUCCUGUGGCUGCUUAUGUUUCGGUAAAUGCAGAGAGUGGGGUUAUACACGCGGUACGCUCCUUUGAUUACGAACAAAUCAAACAGCUUACACUCGUGGUUAAGGCGCAAGAUGGAGGCUCUCCUCCUCUCAGUAGCAAUGUGACUGUGAAAUUAAUGAUCCAGGACCAGAAUGACAACGCGCCUCAGGUUCUGUACCCAGUCCAGACUAGCAGCUCUCUGGUGGCUGAAAUGGUGCCUCGUUCAGCAGAUGUGGGCUAUCUU